CGGCCUACACUUCCGGUGGCGCCGCGGCCUAUACUUCCGGUGUUGCUCCCAGGGAGUCUCUUGUUUCUUUCGCCCGGGGGAUGGGGAGGAUGUGGCCGGCGGGGAUGCGGAGGUGUUUGGGCUUGGCGUUGGGAAAGAGGGCGGUCUUCUCAGGCGGAGGAAGGCCUCCUUUUCCUCCUCCUCCUCCUGGUUGGCGUUGGGCAGCGAUGGGAGCGUGCGGAGCGGGGGCCGGGCUUCUGCUGCUGUUCUUCCUCCCUCGCAAACGGCGGAGGCCCGAGGAAGGCCUGGUCCCCGCGCUCUUAGCCGCCGUGCCUUCCCCGCCGCCUUCCCCGCGCACCACUUACAACUUCAUCGCCGACGUCGUGGAGAGGACCGCCCCGGCCCUCGUCUACAUCGAGAUCCUGGGGAGGCACCCCUUCUCUGGGCGUGAGGUGCCCAUCUCCAAUGGCUCAGGCUUCGUUGUGUCUUCGGACGGGGUGAUUGUGACCAACGCGCACGUGGUGGCCAACCGGAGGCGAGUGCGGGUACGCCUGGCCAGCGGGGAGCUCUACGAUGCGACAGUGCGGCAGGUGGACCAGGUGGCCGACAUCGCCACCCUGAAGAUCUCCCCCAAGAAACCCCUCCCCACACUCCGCCUGGGCCGCUCCUCGGAGGUGCGCCAGGGGGAGUUUGUGGUGGCCAUGGGCAGCCCCUUCGCCCUCCAGAACACCAUCACCUCCGGCAUCGUCAGCUCGGCCCAGCGGGGGGGCCGGGAGCUGGGCCUCUCCUCCUCGGACAUCGAGUACAUCCAGACCGAUGCCGCCAUCGACUUUGGGAACUCUGGAGGCCCCCUUGUCAAUCUGGACGGAGAGGUGAUUGGGGUGAACACCAUGAAGGUGACGCCUGGGAUUUCCUUUGCCAUCCCCUCGGAUCGUCUCCGGGCCUUUCUGGAGAAGGAGGAGAAGCACAAAGACUCCUGGUUUGGUGGCACGACGGAGGGGAAGAGACGCUACAUUGGCGUGAUGAUGCUGACCCUGACCUCCAGCAUCUUGUCAGAACUGAAGAUGAGAGACCCUUCCUUCCCGGACAUCUCCUAUGGAAUCCUGAUCCACAAGGUUAUCAUUGGUUCUCCAGCGCACCAGGCAGGACUCAAGGCGGGUGACGUGGUGGUGGAGAUCAACGGCCGGGCUUCUCGCCGGGCGGAGGACGUCUACGAGGCCGUGCGGACCCAGGACCACCUGACCCUGCUGGUCCGCCGGGGCUACGAGGCCCUGCUCUUGACCAUCACCCCGGAAACUACCGAGUGAAGCCGGAACGAGGCAGAAUGGUCCCUUUAUUUUCAAAAUGGAUGCCUUGUUCAAGGGGGCAUUAAAUCAGAGUUUCCCCCUCGAAAGUGGGGAUGUGCUAGGUGACCCCCACAUUCCUCAAAGCGGACUGUGGAACGGCUGUGUGGCAGUAGCUGUGCUCUCUUCACUCCCUGGCUUGUGUGCACAGGUUCCAGGUUUUAGCCUGCCACUUUUGGACUCUUGUUUGCUGAGGCCCACUAUGUUGACAAUGAGAACACAAGGGCAGACACGCAUGGGGGGAGCUUAUAUUGAGUACCUUGGGGGCCACCUUUUGUGUCCCUUGUAGCUUGAACUGGUCCAGAAAUUCAUAUCUUAUGUGCAUUGCAUCGCAUCUCUUCUUAAAGGACUUGGUGUGAAAUCAGAAGAUAAUGUCGUGGCCGCGGCCUGUGCUGGAUGGGGAUUGUGGGAGUUGUAGUCCAAUGCAGAAAGAGGGAUCUGGAUUGUGUAGGCUGCUAUAAGGACUGGCGCCUUGAGCGUUCUUUCUUUUUUUACAGUAGCUGCCGGAAAAUUAUGUGUGGGGUCUGUGGGGCUUGACCCACCCUCCAAAGGUUUUGAUGAAAUAAAUCUUGGGACGCUGCA